AUGGACAACCUGUACAAUUAUCAAUCACCCAGUUUGAGGAACGGCAAUGGGCCUCAUUCUCGCCAUUCUCCAAUCAUCAACUAUCGAAAGGAUGCCAAAAAGGCUGUCAAGUUUACAAUGAUGGUUGUUGGUGAACUGGGAACUGGUAAAACAACAUUUAUCAAUAGUAUGUUGAAUAAAAAAGUAUUGGACCAUCGGUAUGAAAAUACAACAUCACUAGCAUCUAAUAAGGAUUGGGAGACAAAGACAUUGACAUUUACUUCAGCCAAGUCAGUUGCUUUGCCCAAUACAUCAAUGUUGACGAGAAAUGAGUUUAAUCCAAGCACCAUUGAUGAAGAGCCCGGUAUAGCCUUGACUGAAACUAAAGUGGAAAUUGUUGAUGAUGAUAACCUCAAGUUGGUUUUGAGCAUUAUAGAUACACCUGGGUUUGGUGAAAAUUUAAACAAUGAGUUGUGUUUUGUUGAAAUUGAAAACUACUUGAAGCAACAAUUUGAUCUUGUAUUGGCAGAGGAGACUCGUAUCAAGAGAAACCCUCGGUUCACUGAUACUAGAGUUCACGUUAUGCUUUACUUUAUCGCUCCAACUGGCCACGGGUUGAGGGAACUUGACAUUCAAUGUAUGAAGAGAUUAUCAAAGUAUGUGAAUAUUAUCCCUGUUAUUGGAAGAGCUGACUCAUUUACCGCCAAUGAAUUGCAAUAUUUCAAGCAACAGGUUAGAAUUGAUAUUGAAAAAUUCAAUGUACCCAUUUUCCAAUUUGACAAUUUUUUGAAUGAAUACGAUGAGGAGGAGGAUUAUGACUUGAUACAAGAAUGCAAGUUUCUUUCCAACUUGCAGCCAUUUGCUGUCGUUACUUCAGAAGACUCGUUUGAGAUUAGGGACAAAAAGACUGGAGAAUCUAAAAUUAUAAAAGCCCGACAAUAUCCUUGGGGAUUGGUUGAUAUAAAUGAUACUACCAUCAGUGACUUUGUCAUUUUGAAAUCAGUAUUAUUGGGCUCACAUUUGCAAGACUUGAAGGAUUUGACUCAUGACUUUUUGUAUGAAACUUAUAGGACCGAGAGAUUAACAAAAGUCACUGGUGGAGGUGUUUUGGACGAUGAUGAAUAUGAAGAUAGUGAAUUCCAUGACACGGUUGAGCAUCACCAAAAUGGUGGCGAUGAUAGAGGUGGUAUAUCCAACUCGACUGUCCCUUCGUUGUCCAACUUGGCACGACUUGCAAAUGAAACAAAUGAGGGCGAUACAACUCAUGGGGAUGGGUUGGACAAUCAUUCUAUUGGUUCAUCUCAUUCUUCACUCAAAAAAUCAACAUCAAUGUUGCUCGAUGACAAUGCAUCCACAAAUUCAUCACCAUAUUUACAUUCACAUGGAAACUUUAAUUCAAGUACUUCUACUGCUACAACAGCCAAUGACAAGAAUCAUCAUCAACAUAAUAACGCAUUUAAAAGGCUAUCGAUUGGACCACAAAGAAAUCAAUUGCGUCAAAUAUCUGAAACUGUCCCCUAUGUCAUUAGACAUGAAAGAAACCUUGAGAGGCAAAAUAAAUUGGAGGAAAUGGAAAAAGCUAGUGCUAAAGAGUUAGCAGCCAGGGCGGCAUUGUUGGAAAAAAAGGCACAAGAAUUGAAGCUUAAGGAAAAGAAUUUGUUGAGACAAUUGGAGUUGGCCAAACAGCGUAAACAGAGUGCUAGUGAAGUUUCAUCGGCAAAGACGAGCGAAAAUGUUGAAGUGGUUCAUGACGAUGAUCACUUAAAUCACGCUCACGAACAAGCAGAUCAUAGUAACAACAAUGGACAUAUCCCAAAGGAUGAAACUUUGACUGAUUUGCAUUCAAUAGUGAGUGAGCAACGUCAGCAUCAACGCUGA